CCAAUGGCCAAUGCGUCACCAAAGGCUGUGCUGAAGGGGAUGAGGCCUACACGUCCUAUUACAGUGACGCUGAUUAUCCCAUCACAAAAGUCCUGCGAGAGCCUGUGUAUGUUGAGGUGCACAUUAUGGAGAGGACCGACCCCAACAUUGUCCUGACGCUGGGACGUUGUUGGACGACUUCAACCCCCAGUCCACUCAGUCUCCCCCAGUGGGACCUUCUGAUCGACGGAUGCCCUUACCAGGACGACCGCUAUCUGACCACACUGGUUCCAGUGACUGGAUCGUCUGGUCUUCAGUUCCCAACCCACUACAAGCGCUUUGUUGUGAAGAUGUUCACAUUUGUAGAUCCAGCCUCACUGGCUGCUCUGCAGGAAACCAUCUUCAUCCACUGCACUACAGAGGUGUGCCAUCCAUCAUCUGGCUCUUGUGAGCAAAGCUGCACCAGGAAACGAAGAGACACUCGUAUCAAGGCUGUCUCUGGGGAGCAGACUGUGGUUUCUAGUGGAGAAGUUACUCUGGUCAUGUAAAUCUAGUGUUUUUAAUAAACUUUUCAGAACCCUUAGGUGU